AUGUGGAGGAAGAACACGGCCGCGAGGCAGCUGAUGGGCACGUGGGCCGUGCCAGCUGACGACGAUGACGCAGGUGAAGGAGACCAAGCUGCUGUGGAUGCAAUGGCGCUGGAGUACGUGAGGAACCCGAGGGGCGUGCAGCUCUUCACCUGCGGCUGGUUGCCGGCGUCCUCCUCCCCGCCCAAAGCGCUCGUCUUCCUCUGCCAUGGCUACGGGAUGGAGUGCAGCGACUUCAUGAGAGCAUGUGGGAUCAAGUUGGCCACAGCAGGGUAUGGUGUGUUUGGUAUCGAUUAUGAAGGCCACGGCAAGUCCAUGGGCGCCAGGUGCUACAUCCAGAAGUUUGAAAACCUCGUGGCUGACUGCGACAGGUUCUUCAAGUCCAUCUGUGAUAUGGAGGAAUACAGAAACAAAAGCCGGUUUCUAUAUGGCGAGUCGAUGGGUGGAGCCGUCGCUCUCCUGCUGCACAGGAAGGAUCCGGCCUUCUGGGACGGUGCAGUUCUUGUGGCGCCAAUGUGCAAGAUUUCAGAGAAAGUGAAACCGCACCCGGUGGUGGUCACCCUCCUGACUCAAGUGGAGGAGAUCAUCCCAAAGUGGAAGAUCGUCCCCACCAAAGACGUCAUCGACUCCGCAUUCAAGGACCCCGUCAAGCGAGAAAAGAUCAGGAAGAACAAGCUCAUCUACCAGGACAAGCCCCGGCUUAAGACAGCGCUGGAGCUGCUCAGGACCAGCAUGGAUGUGGAAGAUAGCCUGUCAGAGGUGACGAUGCCAUUCUUCAUCCUGCACGGUGAGGCCGACACGGUGACCGACCCCGAGGUCAGCCGUGCCCUCUACGAGCGCGCGGCCAGCACCGACAAGACCAUCAAGCUCUACCCUGGGAUGUGGCACGGCCUCACCGCCGGCGAGCCUGACGAGAACGUGGAGCUGGUGUUCUCUGACAUUGUCUCGUGGCUCGACAAGCGCAGUCGCCACUGGGAACCCAAUGAGCGGGUAAGGACUCCACCAGAGCCUGAGAACAAGCACCGCCAGGCGGCGCCCACGAAAAUCACCCGCGUCACCAGCAGCAGUGGCGGCACCGAGAGUCCGGUGCCAGCACACGGUCGUCCUCAACGGCGCGGCAGCUGCCUCUGCGGACUAGGGCGGUCGACCACACCAGCAACAGUGUAG